GUAAGGAGCAGCACGUAAUCGGUGUCUCCCUCCGCUGUCGAGUAUAAGCCGGCUGUCGCGAGCCCCUCCACUGCCACUCCUCUCACUCCCAGACACACAUUUAGAGGCAGGUGCGUGUGGGUACGCGCGCGCGUGUGUGUGUGUACAACAGCGCACAUAACUCAACAGCAGGUCGGAUAAAUCCUGCAGCCUUUUGGAUUUUUUUUUUUAGAGAUUUUUUGAAUACAUAUAUAUUUAAAACCCCACCAUUAUGUUGUGGACGGCGAGUCAAUUCGUAAGGAAAUUCUCCAGCACGUCCAAUUGCUACCAGAAUAAGCUUAAUCUGGCGAUAAUAGGACAGAGCCUGUUUGGACAGGAGGUGUACAGCAACCUGAGGAGGCAGGGCCACAAGGUGGUGGGCGUGUUCACGGUGCCCGACAAGGAUGGCAAGGCCGACCCCCUGGCUGUGGCGGCGGAGAAGGACGGGACGCCGGUGUUCAAGUUCCCGCGGUGGCGGGUCAAGGGGAAGCCCAUCCCGGAGGUUGUAGAAGCCUACAAGGCAGUGGGAGCCGACCUCAACGUCAUGCCCUUCUGCUCCCAGUUCAUCCCCAUGAACGUCAUUGAUGACCCCAAGCACGGCUCCAUCAUCUAUCACCCGUCCCUCCUGCCCCUGCACAGAGGAGCUUCGGCCAUCAACUGGACCCUGAUCCACGGCGAUAAGAAAGCUGGAUUCACAGUGUUCUGGGCCGACGAUGGGCUGGACACCGGACCCAUCCUGCUGCAGAGGGAGUGUGCUGUGGAGCCCAACGAUACCGUGGACACCCUCUACAACCGCUUCCUCUUCUCAGAGGGUAUCAAGGCCAUGGUGGAGUCGGUACAGCUCAUUGCUGACGGGAAGGCCCCUCGGAUUCCCCAAAGAGAGGAAGGAGCGAGCUACGAGGGCAUUCAGAAAAAGUCCAACUCCAAGAUUAACCUGGCCCAACCGGCUGAGGCCAUCCACAACUGGAUCCGCGGACAUGACAAAGUUCCUGGUGCCUGGACCCUCAUAGAUGGUCAGUCUGUGACCUUGUACGGCUCGUCCAUGCUGGGGGGGUCUGUACCUGCCGGUCAGCCCCUGGAGAUUGAGGGGGCCUCCCAGUCGGGCCUGGUCACCCAGAACGGCCUCGUGCUGUACGGAAGCGAUGGGAAAGCUCUCGUGGUGAAGAACCUGCAGUUUGAAGAUGGGAAGAUGAUCCCUGCCUCUAAAUACUUUUCCUCUGGGGAAAGCUCCAGGGUGGAGCUGACCGACGACGAAAACAAGAUGGCGGAGGAGAUCAGGAACAUCUGGAAGGGCAUCCUCAGCAAUGUCCCUGCCAUUGAGGACACCACAGACUUCUUCAAGUGCGGAGCCGCCUCCAUGGAUGUUGUUAGGCUGGUGGAGGAGGUGAAGCAGAAGUGUGCAGGCGUCCAGCUGCAGAACGAGGAUGUGUACAUGGCUUCAACCUUCAGGGACUUCAUCCAGAUGUUUGUCCGCAAGCUGAGAGGGGAGGACCAGGAGGAGGAGCUAGUCAUUGCAUAUGCAACAAAGGAAGUAAACAACAUGACAGUGAAGAUGCCAAACCAAUGUUUCAUCAACGGGAAGUUUGAGGAUGCAGAAAACGGCAAGGUCUACGAAACCAUCAACCCUACUGACGGAUCGGUGAUCUGCAAGGUGUCCUACGCCUCGGUAGGGGAUGUAGAUCGGGCUGUGGCGGCUGCCAAAGAAGCGUAUUACAGUGGGCCGUGGGGCAAGAUGAACCCGAGGGACAGAGGCAGCCUGCUCUACAAGCUGGCAGACCUGAUGGAGGAACACCAGGAGGAGCUGGCCACCAUUGAGUCCAUCGACUCAGGAGCUGUGUACACGCUGGCCCUCAAGACCCACGUGGGCAUGUCUAUCCAGACCUUCCGAUACUUUGCCGGCUGGUGCGACAAGAUCCAUGGCAAGACGAUCCCCAUCAACCAGGCCAGACCCAAUCGUAAUCUGACCUUCACCAAGAGAGAGCCUCUGGGCGUGUGUGCCAUCAUCAUCCCGUGGAACUAUCCCCUCAUGAUGCUGGCGUGGAAGAGCGCCGCCUGCCUCGCUGCGGGGAACACACUCGUCCUCAAACCCGCCCAGGUCACGCCGUUGACGGCCCUGAAGUUUGCUGAGCUGUCGGUGAAAGCAGGCAUUCCAAAAGGAGUCAUAAACAUUUUACCAGGUUCAGGUGGUAUGGUGGGACAGCGUCUGUCCGACCACCCGGACAUCCGAAAGCUGGGCUUCACUGGCUCCACACCCAUCGGCAAACAGAUCAUGAAGAGCUGUGCGCUCAGCAACCUGAAGAAGGUUUCCCUGGAGCUGGGGGGUAAGUCGCCUCUCAUCAUCUUCAGUGACUGCGACAUGGACAAGGCGGUUCGCAUGGGCAUGAGCUCUGUGUAUUUCAACAAAGGGGAGAACUGCAUCGCUGCUGGACGUCUGUUUGUGGAGGAGUCCGUUCACGAUGAGUUCAUCAGCCGAGUGGUGGAGGAGCUCAAGAAGAUGAAGAUCGGAGACCCGCUGGAUCGCUCCACAGACCACGGCCCACAGAACCACAAAGCCCACCUGGACAAGCUGCUGGAGUACUGCGAGGUUGGACUGAAGGAGGGAGCGACUCUGGUGUACGGAGGGAGGCAGGUGGACAGGCCAGGUUUUUUCAUGGAGCCCACGGUGUUCACUAACGUGGAGGACCACAUGUUCAUCGCCAAAGAGGAGUCCUUCGGCCCAAUCAUGGUGGUGUCCAGAUUCCAAGACGGAGACGUGGACGGCGUUCUGCAGAGAGCCAACGACACAGAGUAUGGCCUGGCCUCAGGUGUGUUCACCCGAGACAUCAACAAGGCCAUGUACGUGAGCGAGCGGCUCGACGCCGGAACCGUAUUCGUCAACACGUACAACAAGACAGAUGUGGCUUCACCUUUUGGUGGCUUCAAACAGUCCGGCUUUGGCAAAGACCUCGGAGAGGAUGCUCUCUUGGAAUACCUCAAGACCAAAGCAGUGACUGUGGAGUACUGAGGCUCACACUAUCCCAACAAACCAAAUGUGUUGGGAGGAACUCGAGGAGGAACUCGUACGUCUGCUUCAGUCAGACAUCCAGCUUCAUUCAGCAUUGCUUCUGGACAGUAUGUGUGUGUGUGUGUGUGUGUGUGUCUGAAUAAGAGCAACAGUCUGGGAUAUGUGACUGACCUGGGACAAGGGACACAUGUGGUUUACACCCAUCUGUGUAGCUUAAACAUGGAACCCUUAUGGGAGCCGAGCUGGUUCUGACUCUUUUCAAGGUUUUGGUUGCAUAGGAGCUUUUUUACGUUAAAAACACUGUUGUCAUCCUGAAAACAGUAUUCCCGUCAUGAAUAAUCAUUUAAAUCAGUUUAAUCAUUUUUAUCAGUUCAGUAGAAAAUGAUCAUGCAACACUGCCUUUUUCAUUCUUUUUAUAUCUCUUUGUUUCCUCAUUAACAGAUGUGGUCUGUUAUUAGUUUAAGGAAUAUAACCCAUCUGCACACAAAGGUGAACUGUUUUUGGAGCAGCCCAUGCUCUGCCUGGAAAGACUAACAAUGAGAGGUUCACCUGGUCAGCAAACCAACUAUAAGUACGUAAGGCUAUUGGUGGUUGAGAUUGAUCAGUGACAUGAUGGGAUUUGGGGUCAAAAAGUAAGAGUUACAUUUGAAUGCUUAAAGCAGUUUGUGAGAAUAAUCUCAGCUCAACGGCCAUUUACAAGGUUUUUAACUUUUUAAACGUUUUCACCCGCGAGACCAGUGUGCAACAGAACGUUUUACGAUUGUGACAUUGUUGUUUAAACCUAACUUUACGCAGUUGUUUUCAUUCAAUUUGAAGAGAUUGCAUUUUGUGAGUAUUUCUGCAGGGAGACAGUGUUGAUUUCUUUUUUUGCCAAUGGAUCCCUCUAAAUCACACCCUAGCUUUUUACAUUAGCUUUUCUCUGGUUGAAAGUUGUUUGGCAGUCACAUGUGGUCAGCUAUAACCACGCCCCCACAGUGAUGUCACAGCUUCCUCACACACCCUGGAGUACAUCGCCGCAAGGUGAGCAGUUAAAGCUCUGGAGGUCAGCAACCUCCAGGUUUUUUUAGGACGUGUUACAGUCUAAUAUUGUAUUAAUAUUAUUAUUAUUUUUUUAAUGCAAGUUGAAGAACCAUUCUUUAAGAAUGAUCUCAUCCUUGACACGUACAGUUCACUUAUGUAAACAAAACAUGGUUUAGGGACUCGAAACUUGGUAACAAAUAGAUUACCUCAUUCAACCAUCUAGUGACUGUUUAAUUACAUUGUUAUUGAUUAUUCCCAUUUGUUGCUGAAGCUGUGACAUCCAAUACUUGAGCUUUUCGCUGCGUCAUAGCAUCACAUGAAAAGUUAUGUUAUGAGGAGAUCUUGUUGAAAAGACAAACACCUACACUUAACUUAAACCCUAGUUAGUUCAAUCAAAGUGGGUUUUUUUAAGACAGGUGUCAAACCUCAUAAGAGGCUCUACAUUACUUGAAGUCUGAAUGUCAGGUCGGGUUUAAAUAUCUUUCAUCAGUAUUUCAUUUACACUACAGCAGAUAUUGUGAGCCAUCCGAUACCUUCUCCCCUCUUACACACUCAAGAUGUGAUGCCCCCACAUCACUUUAUAUUUAGAUUUACAGUUUUUCUAACACUUUUAGGGAAAGUGGUUUGAUAUAUUUUAAACAAGAAGACUGUCCAAGCACAAUAUUACAUUUAUUAAAGACAUACCAGCAAGAUGUUUUUAUGUAGGGUAUCCUGUAUAGCGAGCUUAUUACACGUCUACUUAUUGAAUAAAUCUAUUAUUCAACUCAAGCAGCAAGGGCCAAGAAGCAGGUGUUUGGUUUUCUCGACCUGUGAAGAAGGCGGGAUGUGUCCCUUCAAUACCAGAAUGUCCUCAGCCAGUAAUGUCAUACAAGGGUAAAUAAACUUUGCUUGGAAUUUGA